GUAAAUGCUUAUCGUAUGGCAACACCGCCUGCGGGUCGAGGCGCGGCGCGAGGCGGCUACAUAUACAUUAUUAGCGCUGGGUUUGGUGUUGUCGCUCUAGUCAGCGGUCACUCGCGACACUUCGAACAACACUAUAUCAAAAUGUCCAAGGUGUCGUUUUACUACUUCGAAUUCAGGGGCCUGGGUGAGGGUAUGAGGAGGCUGCUGGCGUAUGGAGGCCAGGAGUUCGAAGACAUCAGGAUUAUAUUCCAAAACUUCAGUGAAUUCAAAUCAGAGACCCCAUUCGGCCAGUUGCCGAUGCUGGUGAUUGACGGCAAGAAAUAUGCCCAAAGUUCAGCGAUCGCGCGCUACCUCGGACGCAAGUACGGGCUCGCCGGCAAAGAUAUCGAAGAAGACUUCGAGAUCGAUCAAGUAAUGGAAUUAUUUACAGAGUUCCGUCUCGCUGCUGCAGCCCCCGUGUACGAGAAAGACGAAUCGCUGAGGCCAAAAAAGUUCGCUGAACUGUCAGAGACCAAGUAUCCCUUUUACGUGCAGAAAUUCGUAGAGAUCUUGACCAAGAACAACGGAUUCCUCGCGCUCGGCAGGUUAACCUGGGCAGAUUUCGUUUUCGUCGGUUAUUUCGACUGCCUUAAGAUGUUGCUUCGCAUGCCAGACCUCGAAGAGAAGUACCCUAUCUUCAAGAAGCUCGUUGAAGCCGUCGAAAACAUUCCAAAAGUCAAAGCGUUCAUUGACUCUGCGCCCAAAUCGGAAGUUUUGUUCAAAGCGUUCUUCAUAUCGUCUAUGCAGAGAAGGAAGCGGAUUCCAACAGGCCGGCAUAAUUGUAUCGACUGCCGAGGGUUAAUCAUCUCUGCGUCAGUCGACAUUCUUUUGGAUUCCAUUCCACUUAUGGUCACUUUGCCUUGCAAGUUUACAAAAAAAUAUUUUAAAGAAUAUGAAGAUUCCGUGAAGUCGUGCAAAAUGCCGAAGGUAUCGUUUUACUACUUCCAAUUGAAGUCCCUGGGUGAGAGUCAGAGAAUGCUGCUGGCGUAUGGAGGGCAGGAGUUCGAAGACAUCAGGAUUGAGUUCGAGAAAUUCAGUGAAUUCAAACCAGAGACCCCAUUCGGCCAGCUGCCGAUGCUGGUGAUUGACGGCAAGAAAUAUGCCCAAAGUUCAGCGAUCGCGCGCUACCUCGGACGCAAGUACGGGCUCGCCGGCAAAGAUAUCGAAGAAGACUUCGAGAUCGAUCAAGUUGUGGAUUUCUUUACUGAUUUCCGUCUUUCUAGUUCAGCCCCCAUGUAUGAGAAAGACGAAGCGCUGAGGGCAAAGAAGUUCGCUGAACUGUCGGAGACCAAGUUUCCGUUUUACCUGCAGAAAUUAAACGAGAUUUUGACCAAAAACAACGGAUUCCUUGCACUUGGCAGGCUAACCUGGGCUGAUUUCGUUUUCGUCGGCUUUUUCGACUGCCUUAAGAUGUUGCUCCGCAUGCCAGACCUCGAAGAGAAGUACCCUAUCUUCAAAAAGCCCAUUGAAGCCGUCAAAAACAUUCCAAAAGUCAAAGCGUUCAUUGACUCUGCGCCCAAACCGGAAGUUUAGAUAAUAGUCUACUCUUCUAUACAUAUUAUUAAAAACGUACAUCACGCUUUUAUUCCCGAAGGGGUAGACAGAAGUGCAACCAGGGCAUCCGCUUUUCGCUGCGUGUGAUUUGCUCCAUGAUGUGAUAAAUACUAAUAAUAUUUUUAUAAAUGUUUAUAUUUUAAGAAUUACUGAUUAGCUAUUAAAACAUUUUUUUUUAUA